GUGCUGUACGAGAGCCCCGACAGCCACGGUGCAGCCGGCGGGGAGAGCCAGGAGGGGCCUGGCGAGGAGGGGCCGCCCGGCUUCGCCGCCCGCUUGGAGAAGAUCGUGGACAAGAGCAGCAAAGGCAAACACGUCAAGGUCUCCAACUCGGGGCGCUUCAAGGAGAAGAAGAAAGUGCGGGCGACGCUGGCCGAGAACCCCAACCUCUGCGCCGCCGGUGAGCGGGAGGAGAAAUGA